CUCGGCGAACGAAAGACGGGAAGACCGGAAAUUGCAGCGCUACAGGAACUGCAACGUCAGCUAGCACUUGAAGACGCGCAAAUUCUAACCGGGCAUGUUGAUGACGAAGAACCACCGGAACCAAUCGAGUUUUACGUAUUCUGGAGCUAUCACGCGGCCAAAUGGCUCACGAUAAAACACCUCGGCAAAAGCGCAACCGCAGCGACGUGGGAUGCUGAGGCACGCAAAUGUGUCCAUUGCAUCCAGAAGGUGCGGAAAUGGGUGAAUCAAAGACGAAAGCGCUACGGAGCAAAGAUUCGCUCACAAGCGAGACAGCACCUCAGCAGCCGGCGAGAUCUGAUUGCAGCCAGUGUGGAGGAACUCAGGGAGGAGAGAAUGGUGCGAAUCGGUCAACAGCUAGAACGAACCACGAAACGACUUCGAUGG